GUCGUGUUGUUGUCGGGCUGUGUAUGACUGCACGACUCGCUAUGGCCUCUGUAAGUAUAUAAGAAGGCUAACUCAGUGCUCUGACAUCCCACAUCCCACACGACCCCAACCAUGUCCUCCUACCCAGACUCGGAAUACCCGCUACUCUGCGAGUACGACUCGGACCACCCGCUGGUCAGGACUUACCCGAUAGGCUGGAAGCGCUUCCGCCACCCCGUGAACGGCGAGAAUAUCUAUUACUGGCACCGCGUCGAGCGCGUUAUCACCAAGGACAACCUGAAGGACGCCGAUGUCUUCGAGGCGCUCCUCAAGGGCAAGGACAGGAUCCUGCGCAAGCUGCAGCGCAACCCGAGGCAUGCCGCGAAGUUCCUGAUGGACGGGCAGCUGUCGAGGGACUGGGACCUGAUCAUGAAGGACGGGCAGCCGCAGGCGCUCAUCUCGUGGCGUGAGAGGCAAAUUUACGAGUUCGCUACUCGCGGCGAAGGCGAGGGCGAGAAGGAAUAUGUCGAGCACCAGUCGAGCAAAGUGUACUGGCAGCGGGUGGCAGAGUUCCCCUGCCACCACACGUCGCUGCCCAAGGGCGCCGAGCAGAAGCUGUCGAAUCUGACGUAUAACUCCGGACUCUGGGGUGUUGUCCUGCGACGUGGGGACAACCGAGACCUGUGGGAGGGAUAUCGCCAGUACCGAGACAAGGCAAGGGCGCGGGCCUGCGGCGGGUACAAAGGCAUCGAGCUCGCGAGCGUGACAUGGCGGAUCGCACGCCUGCUUGGUGCGGCCCGCGAAAUCGAGGACGAGGUGAACGCCUCAUAG